UCUUGUACUGUGCACCAACCCGGGACCCGGCACACCAGACCACAGGCGCGCAUGGCGGUGGGGGUGGCCUCGCCGGCGGUCGGGCACGCCGCGGGGGACGAUGCAGGUCAGGCUACAUCGGGGGUUGCGGGGGAUGAUCAGCCGAUUCCAGCGGAGGGGGUCCGGGAACUGGAGUUAGAGGGGAAGGGGGCGGAGCCAUCGGAGGGGGUACCGGUGGCGAUCGCCGUGGAAGGGAAGGUGGAGGAGAAUGUUUCGGCGGCAGCAGCGGAGGCGGAGGACGAGGGGGGCGAUGCGGGUGAUGAGGAGGAGGAAGGGGAGAAGUUGCUGGGGUGCUACUCCUCUACCCAGAGCAUACUGCUCGUUGGGGACGGGGACUUCUCCUUCUCGCUGGCGCUGGCCACCGCGUUCCGCUCCGGCACCAACAUCGUCACCACGUCCCUCGACACCUACGAGGUGCUGCUAGGCAAGUACAGUGAAGCAGAGUCAAACAUAAUGAAGCUGAAAAGUCUGGAAACCACGGUUUUGCAUGGUGUUGACGUGAAAAUAAUGAAAUUUCACACUGACCUGAAGAACAAACGGUUCGAUCGGAUUGUCUUUAAUUUUCCUCAUGCUGGCUUUAGAGGGCGUGAGGACCAGGUUCAUAUGAUCAAUUCACACAAGAGGCUGUUGAGGGACUUUUUCUGCAGUGCACUCUACCUGCUUAUACCUUAUGGUGAAAUCCAUGUCAGACACAAGACAGGAGGGCCAUAUGACAGAUGGGAUCUUGAGCAGUUAGCCUCUGAUUCUUCUCUUAUUAUAUUUGAGAAAGAGAAAUUCCAAAUAACUGACUAUCCUGGUUACAACCACAAGAGAGGAGAUGGUGCAAGGUGCGACCAACCAUUCCCUCUAGGUCCUUCUUGCACAUUCAAGCUUCAAAUAGGAGACUUGAAGAGGUGGAAGAAAUCGAGUGGAAACAACGCUACUUCAACCUCAUUCCUAGGUGGAAGCAAUGUCCGUCCUUCUGGCAAACUGGAAACUGACACAAGGCUACUUCAUCUGCUUCCACCUGUUCAAGCAAGGCCUUGGCUACAUUUUACUCCACCAGCUAACACAGUUCGCAUGCCAAUACCUCCGCAGCCUUACAUAUUUGCUCAAAGGCAACAGCCAGGUCCUCCACUAAGCUUGGAUGGCAUUGUGAGGGCUCUUUUUCAUCCACAACCAAUGUUCAGCAUCGCAGGGCCAUCACUGAAUGCUUGGCGUGCUCCAGGCAGCAUUUCGUCAUCAAUGAGCAGAAUUGCAUGUCCCAAUCUCCUUGCACCACAGGAGCAGCCUUGGCAUCAGCGGGGAAGUAUUGCUGUUCAGCCGGGAGGAGAUGGCUGCUCUUACUUUGAACACCAAAGGUGUCUGCAGAGGGAUUAUGAAGUGCGGAGGAAAGCUAUGAUGCCUGGAGCAGCAGGCUUGAGCUAUUCUUCUGCCUUCUUGGAAUCUGUUCAGAGGCAGGAGGGGCCGAUGGAGUGUGGAGUGCAGAGAAAAGCUACUAUGCCUGGAGCAGCCGGCUUGAACUAUUCUUCUGCCUUCUUGGAACAAUGCCGCAGAGAUGUUCAGAGGUAAGAGCAGUUGAACAAGAUGACCACAUAAGGCUGUCAGUGAAGGACCUACGUUAGUACUUUGGAGAUCGAUUUGUAUUUGCGUAGUGGAUGGAUGAGUAGAGGAACUUGUCCUCCCAUACUGGAGAUAUGCCUAUGUUAGAAACGAUCUAGUGUUUUGUGUACAGUCGGACCAUUUUGUGUGGCAAACACUGAUUGCAGAAGUAGAAAGAAUUCUAAUUCCACUAUCUUUGUAAAGGGGAAGUAACCCUGGAUGCAAGAGCUUGUUUUUGCAAUAAUGGAGCUGCCUUUAGGGCCACAGAUUAAACGUAGCAAAACUCA